UCCCCUGCUCCGGGGCCUCUCUUCCCCUUCCCUCCUUGGAGGAAGCCCCUGCCUCCUCCCACCACGCCGAACCCUCUCCGCCUGCGUUGGGAGCGGUGGGACGCGCGUCCAGCUGCGUCUCCAGCAAACGGAGGGGGGCUUCUGUUCUCUCCCCGCUACCUCCUGGCCGUCGGCAGUCAGAGAGGCUCCCUGGGCCGCCUGCCAGAGCCUGCCUGCCCUCCCCGUGUCCCUGCUGCCUGGGGGAGGCCGGCAGCCAGCGAGCAGAGCCCUUAGCAAGUCGGGCUGCACACACGUCGUGCGAGGACAGGGACGAGCAGUGCUUCUCUGAGGCAAGAACCCGGGCCUGGCUCUGGCUCCCGGCAGCACGAAACACCAUUCCUGAAAGCGGCCGGUCUGCAGAGGUGACGGCGUUAGGGUGAGGUUGGCUGCCCGAGCUCGGGUCGAAUGCGUCGGGUGGGCUCUGCAGCGUGUUCCGGCAUCUCCGAGCAGGCGCUCAUCUCCCUGCUGUCGCUGCCGCAGAGAGGCCCUCUCCUCCCCGCUCCCCUCUUUCGCCGGAGUGUGGCUUUUCCUGCCCGAGCAGCGUGUGUAAGGUUUUGAUAUGCCGCAGUAUUUGUACUGACUUUGCUGUCUUGUAGGAAUGAUGGGGAACUAGAGCCCAUGACAGUUCAGUGGAGCUGCUGGCACUUUUGAUAUCUCGACAUCUUCAGUUAUCUAAAAGCAAGCCAGUCCCAGGAUAAGGACAGCAGCGGGUGAUAUAAUGCGGAAACCAGGCCCUCAAAAAGCCAUAGACUGGAAAGAUGGUAAAAAGCACAAGUACGGCCGCCCGUCCGAGUCUCCCUCCCAGUACCAAGGUCACUUCACCUGGGAGAAAUACCUGAAAGAGACAUGUGCCAUCCCAGCUCCUGCCCAUUGCUUCAAGCAGUCAUACACUCCACCCGCAAACGAAUUCAAGAUCAGUAUGAAACUAGAAGCCCAGGACCCCAGGAACACCACCUCCACUUGCAUUGCCACGGUGGUGGGUCUGACAGGCGCCCGCCUCCGCCUGCGCCUCGAUGGCAGCGAUAACAAGAAUGAUUUCUGGCGGCUGGUGGACUCUGCUGAAAUCCAGCCCAUAGGAAACUGUGAGAAGAAUGGAGGGAUGCUGCAGCCUCCACUGGGCUUUCGGCUGAAUGCCUCCUCUUGGCCCAUGUUCCUUCUGAAGACUCUGAAUGGAGCAGAGAUGGCUCCUGUCCGGAUUUUUCACAAGGAACCACCAUCUCCAUCCCAAAACUUCUUCAAGACAGGUAUGAAGCUGGAGGCAGUGGACAGGAAGAACCCUCACUUCAUCUGCCCGGCCACCAUUGGGGAGGUGAGAGGUUCUGAGGUCCUCAUAACAUUUGAUGGCUGGAGAGGUGCCUUCGAUUACUGGUGCCGAUAUGAUUCCCGGGACAUCUUUCCCGUAGGCUGGUGCUCGCUGACUGGAGAUAAUCUGCAGCCUCCUGGAACAAAAGUUGUGAUUCCAAAGAGCCCUUUACCUGCCUCCGAAGUAAACUCGGAGAAACCUAGCAUGCACAGUAGCACAAAGACUGUUUUGGGGCAUCAACAAGGGCAAAGGCGUCGCAAAACAGGGAAGAAGCGUGGUCGAACGACCAAAGCGCUAAUCCAUCACCCCAUGCCUACACCCUCCAAGUCAGUGGAGCCUUUGAAAUUCCCCAGAAAGAGAGGCCCCAAGCCUGGCAGUAAGAGGAAACCUAGGACAUUGCUGAACCCAGCACCCACCUCUCCAACAACCAGUACCCCAGAACCAGACACAAGCACUGUGCCUCAGGACGCUGCUACAAUCCCCAGCUCUGCCAUGCAGGCUCCCACAGUUUGCAUUUACUUGAACAAGAACGGCAGCACUGGGCCCCACCUAGACAAGAAGAAAGUUCAGCAGCUGCCGGACCAUUUUGGACCAGCUCGAGCUUCUGUUGUCCUGCAGCAAGCAGUACAGGCCUGCAUUGAUUGCGCUUAUCAUCAGAAAACAGUCUUCUCCUUCUUAAAACAAGGCCACGGGGGAGAGGUCAUCUCAGCUGUGUUUGAUCGGGAACAGCACACUCUGAACCUGCCAGCAGUAAACAGUAUCACCUACGUCCUCCGCUUCCUGGAGAAGCUCUGCCACAAUCUUCGCAGUGACAACCUCUUUGGGAACCAGCCUUUCACUCAGAACAGCCACAUGCAGCGCUCACACGAGUACGACCACGACAGGUAUCUACCAGACAGAAGCAGUUCGUUAGACGGCACUCUGCAGGGACCAGGCCGGGGUACAAAGCGAUAUUCCCAAGAUUCCCCUCCAUACAGUGCUCCUCUCUCCCCCAAGUUACCAAAGAAUGACCGUCACCCUUUGGAAGGUGAAACCUUUGUUCUGGGAGACGGGCUCCCAGGGCCCUUGGAGCCUCGCCUGGACCCCAUGGACUCUGCCUUGAACUCUGUCAAUUCAUCCAGCCACAGCAGGAGCUCCAGAGACUAUCGCCUGCAAGGAUACAGGCACCUGCACCAACCCUCUAGCCUCAGCCAGGGCAGCACCUCUGCCUUGCGUAGGCUUAGCUCUGGGGGCUCAGACAGAUACCUUGGAUCUCGAGACGUCUCUCGGCUCAGCAGCCGCGACCCCUCGUCCUGGACGGUGGAGGAGGUGAUGCAGUUCAUACGAGAAGCGGACCCACAGCUGGGCCCCCACGCUGACCUCUUUCGAAAACAUGAGAUUGACGGGAAAGCGCUGCUCUUGCUGCGGAGUGACAUGAUGAUGAAGUACAUGGGGCUGAAGCUGGGCCCAGCCCUGAAGCUCACUUACCACAUCGACAAGCUAAAGCAAGGCAAGUUCUGAGAGGACGCUUGGCAGGACGGAUCCUGGAAGCUCCGCUCCUGGCCAUCCAUACCCGCGCUCGCCUGACGACAGGUACGCAUGCACACACACCCAUUUACGCCGCAGACGGACACCUCGCCGACAUCCCGGCCCCGCUGCAGGGGUCCGGCCGCCCGCCCGCCCCUGCGCCAGCAGCCAGGCCCCGGCGGGCGCUCGGGAGGAGGCUGCGCACGGUUGGCCCCGGGGCUUCGCACCAGACUCGAGUCGCCAGCGCUCCUCCACGCACUCCCGGUCCUGCUUCCCUGGGAUGGCGCGGCGGCUCUGGGCAGAGCCCACGGGGACCGGACGCUCCCGCCAGCUCCUUUCCCUUGGCUCGGCGCUCCCGGCCUCGCCUGCUCGGGGCAGCCCUUGGCUCCCGUCCCCUCGGAGGGACGGUGGGCCGGGGGGGCUGGAUGCUUUGCACUUCACCAGUACCUGUCUGGGAGGGGGACGGUGCCCCCGACCCGCACUCGGCCCCCGUAGCACCGCACCGAGCUCAGAGCAACGCCUGCCCCGUCCCUGUCUUCCACACCGGGGGAGCCCGGCUGCCCGGCCCGGGGCCACUCACCUCCCGAGCUCUGCCGGCCCCUCCGCUCCUGGCCUUCCUCCGGCUGGGGACGCCGGUCGGGGAUGGAGACCUUCCUAUUUAUUUCUGACCCGGGAGGCCGCGCGGCGGCACGUGGCGCUGCCCGGGAGCAUGGAGCGAGCUGCUGGAGAGGCGAGGAGCGUGGCUGGGCCUGGCGUGCCCGGGGCAAGGACGGGCCUGGGUCGGCGUCAGAGGCUGGCUGGAUGCUGCAGGACUCGACUGAUCCUUCUCUUUUUUUUUUUUUUUUGAGGUUUUUUUUUUUGAGGUUUUGGGUUUUUUUUAUAAGGAGUUGUCUGUUUAAAAUGAUGAAAUGAUUUUUCUACCUGUUGUUGGACUCACAGCUCUUGGAGAUUUUUAGACAGAGAUGCAAAGGUUCGUCUUCCCAGGGGCCCUCCCGGUCCUCUGGUGUUUCGGUCCGUCCCAGCUCAGCGUGUGCGAGAGGGUGUUGGGUCUGGCGAGUCAGAGGAUCCCGGUGUGGUGACCUGUCCCUGCGCUGCUCUUCCUGCGAGGGCUUUCCCCUGCCCGGGGGCACCUGUUUGUUUCAGACAGUCUAAUGUAUUUAUUUUUGAUGGCACUUGAGCGGUAACCCGCUUCCUAGACACGUUACUGCAGCUGCAAGAGGAGCAUCGGAGCGGAGGCCACCCAGCCACGCUGCUGCGGCCCCUGGGCAGCGGCUGUGGGGACAGGGGCCGCCCGUCCCCUCGAGCGUUGCCUGCCCCAGCCUGGGAUGAGCCGGGGACGGGGGGACGGGGAGCGGCGGAGGCGAGGGCUGCCCCACACACGCACCCACAGCUCCCGCUCCCUUUCUGCGAUGACCAAAGGGCUGGGACGGGGAUCCCCCACUGCAAGCACUUCCCCCUCCUGUCGUCAGCUCACCCUCUGCGCACCCAGAGCAGCGUCCCGCACCCCGUCCCCGCCUCCGCCUGGGCCCCGGCCAGCAGCAGAAGGGGCCCGUGGGGAAGGACCCUCCGGUCUCUUGCACUGGGUCAGGUUUACCCCUAAGGGGAAUAAUUGCAAAAAAAAAGAAAAAAAAAUACCCCAAGCCCCAAAGUAAUAAAAAGGCUUUUUGUCUGUGCUGCAGUCCCUGCUGCGGCGUGUGCUCGGGGGGAGGUGGGGCUCCGGCCCCGUUGCCCGCAGCAUCGGCCCCGGGGACGCCCCUCGUUUCCACCCGACGCUGAUCCCGCUGCAGACAGGUCCCCGUGCGGGGUCAGCCAGUGCUUUCCUCUGCACUUAUUUUACGUUGAUUUGUUUAUAAAUAAAAGGAUAACUAAGUUCCUCCCC